AUGAAUGAAGUUUAAUAAUUACUUCUGACAUCCUUUUCUUGUUCCCCUCAUAGAUAAUAAGCAGAAUAAUAAUUGAUAUAACAUUUAAUUACUAAUCCUCAAUAUUUUCAAUAAUUAGGAUUGUUAAUUAUAGUACAAGAUUAAAGUAAUGAGAUUUCAUAUAAAUAUAGAUUCCCUAUAAAUUGCAACAGUUUUGAAUGCUACAAUUAAACUAAUGAAAUAGAAUUAAUGUAAUCAUCUGUCAAAUAUAUAUAGAAAUAAUUACUUAACUUUACAAACAAACCUUAUUCGAAAUAUUCACAAAUCUGAAUGUUCCUUAUAAUUGUAAGUAUCUAAUAAAGUCAGCAAUUACAAUUAUAUUUGAAGAGGAUACAUGUAUAUUCGAUUAUUAUAAUUAGAAUAUAGUCAUCAUUUCCAAGAAUGCAUGUUUUUAUAUCUGAAGGAUCAAAGGUCAAUUGUAUUAUCAAUCUAAAUUUUCAGAUUAUUAACAGAUACAAUUAUAUAUGCUGAUUCAGUAGAUCAAAAUAAAUACUCUUGGUAUAUUGACUAUAUUGAAAAAGUAAGCAAAAUCAUGAUUCAAUCAUUGAAUUUAGAAAAUGAUUAUCUAAUUUACUUUAACUUUUUGGAAUGCUUUGAAGGAAUGCUUUUUCGUUUUUUUAGAUACGAUUAAUAAAAGUAUUUGUUCUUCCAAAAUUUUAUACUUCAAAACUAAGAAUUAAGUUAAUUAUUUAUUAAUAUCUUUUCAUUUUAAUCUUAGAAUCAUUUCAUUUAAUGUUAAAGCAAUUCAACAAUUUAGAAUGUAAAAAUAUUAACUCUGAAAUGUUAUAAACAUAUCAUACUUAGAAUGCUAUCGAGUAGAAAUAAAUAACAAUUACAAAUAUUUCCAAUCUAUUAAUAAUUAAAUCAAUUAAUUCUUUUUUUAAUACAAUCCUUAUAAAUAACCAUUUCAGAAGAAGUAACAAUAACUAUUUUAGAUAUUCUAUCUGCAACAAUAAAUCAAAUAGAAUUCUACAAUAUUUACUAAAACUAUUAUUAAUAAUUGAUUGUUACUCAUUUGUAUUCUUAUUUAGUGUAUUCAUCUAAAUAGUUAUCACUAUUAUAAAAUGAACCCUUUGAUUUUAUUUAAUAAGAACUUAGUUUUGAUAAUUAAAAUAAACUUUAAUCACUUCAUAAUCAAACCUUAGAUUUGAUUAGAGCCUUGAUUACACACAUAGAUGGAGCUUAUUCAUUUUUAUCUUCAAGUGCUAUUGUUUUAUUUAAAUAUUCAAUCAAUGAAAUACUAUCAAAUCAAUUAUUCAUCAUAACAGAACAAGAAUUCAAUCAUAUUAAAUUAUUAUAAAAUAAGUAACUUUUUAUAAUACUUAAGCUCAAUAUUUUAUAAUUAUGAUAGUAAAUAACGAUUACAAAUAUCUCUUAUUAUUCUAAUCAUUAUUUAACCUAAUAUAAAUACCAGAUAUGAUAUACAGGAAUAUUUGGCAAUUAUCAUAUAAAACAGUUACCAAGUAGUUCUCUAAUGUUAAGAUGAGUUAAUUUAAAUACUUUACACUAAAUUAAUUGGUGAGAGCUAUUCAAUUUUAAAAUCCACAAUUAGCUAGCUAUUUUAUAAAUAGUUUCUUGAGAAUAUAGUCAAACUUGAACAGUUUAAUAAAAUGGCAUUAAUUUACUAAUAAAUAAAUACAAUCAAUAUAAUUAUAUCUUUAGAUGAAUUACCAGGAUUUAUAGAGAAACAUAAACUUUUUGAUGAAAUUAUAUAAAAAUUCUCAUCUUAAAUAUCUAGUACUUGUGAUAUUAGAAUCUUACAAAUGAUUGAAGAGUGGGUCUCUAUAUAUCAAUUUUAAUAAAAUACAAUUUAACUUAUAACAUAAAAUCUUGCUUAGAGAAUACAUUAAGAAUAAACAAAUAUAUAUAAAAAUCAAAUAAAUAGAGAAAUAUUUAUUGAAUUAUCAUGGAAUAUUCUUCAUUAAAUAGUAAAUCAAUACCAUCAUUUUGACUAUUUAUUAUGUGUUGAAAAUCAAAUAGUUUUACUAUACAAACAAGUUAAAGAAGAAGAAUCUGUCUAAUAUAUAGAAAAAAUGAUUCUAUUCGUAUCAUUAAUAAUACAGAAAUUAAAAAGAGUGACUAUGGAUUAAAUAUCAUUAUUGCCAAAAUUCGAAAGAAUCCUAUAAUCUUAAAAUUAUUCAUUUUAAUCUUUAUUUGAACUUUUAAAUAAUUACAUGUAUUAUGGUAGAGAAUAUUUUAUCAAUGAAACCACCUAAUCGAUUGUAUAAUCAUAUAAUUAUAUUUAGUAUUUCCAUUUGGCCUUAUCAAAUAUUGUUUCUGAUUUGAAUUCUACAUUAGAUAAAUGUGAAGGUGCAUUGUUGAUAUAAUUAGGAAUUUAAUGCCUUAGAAAUGAUCUUAACGAAAACAUUCUCAGACAAAUAUUUGAUCAUUCCUAUAAAAUUAUCAAAUAAUCUAACACUGAUGAAUUACUAAUUUCUAGAAUUAAAUGUAUAUUCUUGAGUGCAUUAUUGACAAUUAAGUCACUUUGUGAAAAGAUAAUUGGUAACAACUAAAUUUAAGGUAUUCAAUAAGAAUUAUAUGAAAUGAAUUACUCUGCUGGUUAUGAUGCUAAGUUAUUUAUCAUCUAUUAUUCUAAUACUAUACUCCAAAAUCCUGAAAUCUUAUUGACUACUGGUUGUAAUAUUGUAUCAAUGUUAUCAUAUUAAUUGGAAUAGCAAAAAGAAGAAAAAUUUGAAAAAUUUGAUGGUUGUUCAUCAGGUUCAGAAGAUGAUCAUUGUUAUGAAAAUUUUACAGAAGAGAAGAGAACUCUUGAUGAAUAAAUCACUAAAUUUAAGAGUGGAUACGUAAGUGUUGAUGAAUUUGAAACAUUCAAAUAAGCCAUUUAUUAAUUAAAAGCACAUCAUCCUAAUAUAAUUACAUAAUUUAAAUAAGGUCUGCAUUUCUUCACUUCGCAAAAACUAUAAUAGAUGUUAUCAGUAACUAGAGCUUAAUUUGAACAACCUAGAUAAGUAAAUUAUAUUUUCUAUAAUAGAUGAUAAAAAUAGCAAAAAGGAAGAAUCAUUGA